AUGGAAACUCUUCUACAAGAUCAAACAACUUUCAAACGUAUUUAUGAUGAUCCAACCAUUAGUGAUGAAGAUCGUCUGAUACGUUUGUUAUUGCGUUUAGAAAAAGAAGGCUUCAUUACUAAUGAAGAAUAUAAUAUGGUUAAAUCAAUAGAUUCGAGACCAGCUCGUCUCUAUGGUCUUCCAAAAUUACAUAAAGCAAAAGAAAAGUAUCCAUUACGUCCUGUUACGUCUGCAAUUAAAACAGUUGGAUAUGGCUUAGGAAAAAUGCUUACUAAUCGAUUAUCACAUCUUCGAACAAGUCCAUAUGGUGUUAAUGAUUCAUUUGAUUUUUUAAACAAAAUUAAAUCAUCAAAAAAUGUGGAUAAGAGAAUGGUUUCGUUUGAUGUAGAAUUGCCAAGAACAAAACAAUGUAGUAAAUAUAAGCGGAGAAUUCAUUUUCAAACGCUACUUCGAACAGCUCCAUCUGAUACACAUUUUACCUUUAACAACAAUAUGUAUGUUCAAAUUAAUCGUGUUGAAAUCGGUGCUCCAUUAGCACCAGUGAUUGCUGAUAUCUUUAUGGCUCAUCUUGAAACAACAUUGAUGGAUAGAUUAAUACAAUUAGGUC